AAAGAAAAGAAAAGUUGAUAGAGCGUCGUUUUUGGGUUAGAUGGAGAUCUGGGUCCCGUCGUUUUGCGGACCCACCAAUUAGGGCUCCCUAUACAAUAGCAAACCCCGGUUGUAAAUGUCGGCUCACAUUCUACUUUUGUUUUUGUGAUUACUUUUAAAGGAUGCUUUAGGAGAUCAUCAUACUUUGAGUUUAUUAUUAUUAUUAUGCCCCAACCCCAUAUAAUUUAUCACCUCUUCCUAUUUAAAUUCUCUCUUCACUUUCUCCAUCUCAUAAUAAUUAUUUCUCUGUAAUAUCUCUACAAACUUAAUUAACAUAUUACAUAUAUAUAUAUAUUACACAAAGAGACAUUAAUUGAAGCUUAUAUAUAGUAUUAAUUACUGAUCAAGAAUAUAAUUGAGGUAUUAUUACAUGGGUCACCACUCUUGCUGCAACCAACAAAAGGUUAAGAGAGGUCUUUGGUCACCUGAAGAAGACGAAAAACUCAUUAGAUACAUCACUACCCAUGGUUAUGGCUGCUGGAGUGAAGUUCCUGAGAAAGCAGGGCUUCAAAGGUGUGGUAAGAGUUGCCGUUUGAGAUGGAUUAAUUAUUUGAGGCCUGAUAUUAGAAGAGGCAGAUUCACUCCCGAGGAGGAAAAGUUGAUAAUAAGUCUUCAUGGCGUUGUUGGCAACAGAUGGGCUCACAUAGCAAGUCACCUACCGGGAAGAACAGACAAUGAGAUAAAGAAUUACUGGAAUUCAUGGAUCAAAAAGAAGAUCAGAAAGUCAUCAUCUACUAAUUCUAUUAAUUCAAACACCACAAAUUAUAUCACUUCUACUACUCAACAAUCCAACAUCACUGAUCAUCAUCAUCACUAUCCUCAAAUGUGUUUCAACUCAUCAAAUCAAGUACUCCUAGACAAUUUCCUAACUCAAACAACAGAAUUGACGAGUAGUACAACAAAGCCCAAUACAGCGGCCCAAGACCAGGCCCAAAUCUUCUCCACCUCCUCAUGCGGCCCACUCUUCAUGUUUGACACCACGUCAUCAGGAAUGGAAGACACUACCACUACCACUACUGCUACUACCACACGGCCAGAGUUGAUCUUUCAAGACAUUAAUCUAACGGUGGGAAACAAUUUAAACUCAUCAUCAUCAUCAACCGAAACGACGUCGUGGAACUUGAACCAGCACCAAGUCCAAGCUCUUCCUCCUUAUAAUAAUAUUAAUAACAAUGCUAAUAAUUUACUACUGCCCACGUCAUUUUCUAGUGCCAUGAACGUAAGUUGCUACUUGCCACCAUUGAUUGAGAAUAUGGAAAACAUGGUUGAUGAAGAAGGAGAAAUGGCUUUGAAUGAAUGGGUUGAGUCUCAACAAGUACAAUGUCCCAAUUUUCUAUUUUGGGAAAACGUCGUCGUUGAAGGAUCGCUUAAUAAUAACGGGGCUCAUGAUAUUAACAAUAAUACUAAUGGUUUGAACUUGGGAGCUACUCAUACGAAUACGAUGUCUUCUUUCCCUUCAUCUUUAUAAGUUAUAUAAAUAUAUAUAUAUCUAUAUUAUAUUUUCUUUCUAGGAAUAGCUUUCCCGAUCCAAGUUUUUUGAAAAAGAAUAAAAAGAAAAGGUUUGUUAUAACUUUUAUUUUUUUGGGGGGUAAUGAGUGUAUGUAUUUUUAAUAUAUGAGGGAAACUACUAAAGCGCAGGUGCAUAUGAAAUAUAUGCGCAUUGCUAUAUGUAUUAAUGUUUAUUGUUGUUAUUUUUUUAUUGGGUGGUGAUGUUAAUUUUGGAGAGAACAGCUGAAGAGGGAAUAUAUAUAUAUUUUAAUAAAAGGGUCAAAGCGGCAAGCUGCAGCAAGUUUGAUGAA